AUGGCACACGCGCACAUCAACCACUCCAACAUCCACUUCAGGUGGUCCAAAAACUUGUCGCCCGUGCUCACAGUCAAGUCCGGCGCCGAGCUCGACUUUGACCUCAGAGACGGCUUCAACAACCUCGUCGGCCCAGACACGACCGCCGCCCAGCUCCCAAGCCUCGAUUAUUCUCAGGUAGAUCCGGCCUUUGGUCCCGUGGCAAUCGAGGGCGCCGAGCCCGGCCACGUCGUGCGCGUCGACAUCCUCGAGCUGACGCCCGCGCCGUACGGCUGGACCGCGGUCUUCCCCGACUUUGGCCUGCUGAGCGACGAGUUCCGCGGGCCCCAUCUCAAGAUAUGGGACCUGACCACCGUCUCCGAGGGCUAUGCCGAGUUCAACAAGGGGAUCCGCGUGCCGACGCGGCCCUUCCUGGGCGUCAUGGGGCUCGCGCCCGGACAGCCCGGCGAACUGAGCACGAUUCCGCCCUACGACUGGGGAGGCAACAUGGACUGCAAGCACCUCACCGUGGGAUCCACUCUCUACCUCCCCGUCCAAGCCCCCGGCGCCCUGUUCAGCUGCGGCGACGGGCAUGCGGCCCAGGGCGACGGCGAGGUCUGCGGCACGGCCAUCGAGACCCCCAUCAAGGCGCGCCUCCGCCUCACGCUCGAGAAGGACAAGCCGUGGGUCAAGUCUCCGCACUUCUUGACCUGUCCCGAGGCUGAGGCCCGCGCGGACCACCGUCGCGGCCAGGAGUACGCGGCGGUCGGCAUCGACGCGGACCUGUUGGAGGCAACCAAGAAGGGCGUCCGGGGCGCCAUCGAUUGGCUCUGUGCGGACAAGGGCCUUGCGAGGGAAGAGGCAUACAUGCUGUGUUCGGUGGUGGGCGACUUGAAGGUUGUCGAGGCCGUCGACAUGCCUCACUAUGCCGUGGCGUGCUCCAUCCCCCUGGGUAUUUUUGUCGACGAGAAAUAG